AUGAUUGAAGAGGAUCUAUACCGCUCAGGCCAGCCUAAUGAGCUCAAUUUUCCGUUUCUAGAAAAAUUAGGCCUAAAGACAAUAGCAUGGCUUGCGUUGGAAGAGCCUAAUCAGAGAUUCCUAGAUUUUAUUGACGACCAAGGCAUACAGUUACAUCAUCUCGGUGUAGUCUCUUCUGUAAACGCUUGGGAUCCAAUCACGGAAGAAGCAGUUUUAGAAGCACUUGAUUUAAUACUAAAUCCUGCAAAUUAUCCCAUGAUGAUCAUGUGUAAUCUUGGAAGACAUCGAACUGGCACUAUUGUAGGAUGCCUAAGAAAGUUGCAAAAGUGGAAUUUGACUUCAAUUUUUGAAGAAUAUCGUAGAUAUGCUGGGCCCAAAGUGAGAUUGUUAAACGAGCAAUUUAUAGAACUGUUUGAUACAGAUCUUGUUACCAUACCAGCCAAUAAACCAAAAUGGAUUUAG